GGGAGGGCAGCUGAGGACAGGGGGAGGGAGCGCGCGGCCGCGCCCGCCCCCCGCGUCUGGCGCGUCGUCCGGGCCGCGCGGCGCUCAUUGUGCUGCGCCUCGCGCCGGCCCAAGAUGGCGGCGGCGCCGGAGAGCCCCGCGAGCCGCUAACGACAAUAGAGGAGGCGCGGGAGCGGGCGCCCCCCCGGCACCGGCCUCCCCUCCCCUCCCCGCCCCCGCCGCACCGCACCCGCCCCCGCCCCCGGCCGGGCCCGGCCGCCACACCCCGCCCCAGCCGGCCCCUCUAGCAUGGUGCGGGGCCGCCGCCGCCUCUUCUCCGGCUGCCGACAUGGGCGAGAGGCUGGAGCUCCGGCUGAAGUCGCCCGUGGGAGCCGAGCCCGCCGUCUACCCCUGGCCGCUGCCCGUCUACGACAAACACCACGAUGCUGCUCACGAAAUUAUUGAGACAAUUCGGUGGGUCUGUGAAGAAAUCCCAGAUCUCAAGCUUGCUAUGGAAAACUACGUUUUAAUUGACUAUGAUACAAAAAGCUUUGAGAGCAUGCAGAGGCUGUGUGACAAGUACAACCGCGCCAUCGACAGCAUCCAUCAGUUGUGGAAAGGAACCACGCAACCGAUGAAGCUGAACACGCGGCCGUCCAACGGGCUGCUGCGGCACAUCCUGCAGCAGGUGUACAACCACUCGGUCACCGACCCCGAGAAACUCAACAACUACGAGCCCUUUUCCCCAGAGGUUUACGGAGAAACUUCCUUUGACUUAGUGGCCCAAAUGAUCGAUGAAAUUAAAAUGACAGAGGACGAUCUGUUUGUCGACUUGGGCAGUGGUGUGGGUCAGGUGGUGCUUCAAGUGGCUGCGGCCACAAACUGCAAACAUCACUACGGGGUGGAAAAAGCCGAUAUUCCAGCCAAAUACGCUGAGACGAUGGACAGAGAGUUCAGGAAGUGGAUGAAAUGGUAUGGGAAGAAACACGCAGAAUACACACUGGAAAGAGGUGACUUCCUCUCGGAAGAAUGGAGAGAGAGAAUUGCAAACACAAGUGUUAUUUUUGUGAAUAAUUUUGCCUUUGGUCCUGAGGUGGAUCACCAGCUGAAGGAGCGAUUCGCGAACAUGAAGGAAGGUGGGAGAAUUGUGUCCUCAAAACCUUUUGCACCUCUAAACUUUCGAAUUAAUAGUCGAAACUUGAGUGAUAUCGGCACUAUCAUGAGAGUUGUGGAGCUGUCACCACUGAAAGGGUCUGUGUCUUGGACCGGGAAGCCAGUUUCUUACUACCUGCACACUAUCGACCGAACCAUACUUGAAAACUAUUUUUCUAGUCUCAAAAAUCCAAAACUCAGGGAGGAACAAGAGGCAGCUAGACGUCGUCAGCAAAGAGAAAACAAGAGCAACACGACGACUCCAACGAAGGUUCAAGAAAACAAGGAUUCUGGUGCUGAAGAAGAAAAGGCUGCGGCAAAUUCUAUUAAAAAGCCAUCUCCCUCCAAAGCACGGAAGAAAAAGCUGAGUAAAAAAGGAAGGAAAAUGGCAGGUAGGAAACGAGGGCGUCCCAAGAAAAUGAACACUGCAAACACAGAGCGCAAGACCAAGAAGAACCAAACCGCACUAGAACUCCUGCAUGCUCAGACUGUUUCCCAGACAUCUUCAUCCUCUCCUCAGGAUGCGUACAAGUCACCUCAUAGUCCAUAUUACCAACUACCUCCUAAAGUGCAACGGCAUUCAUCUAACCAGCUGCUGGUGACACCCACCCCCCCCGCACUGCAGAAGCUGCUCGACUCUUUUAAGAUCCAGUACAUGCAGUUCAUGGCAUACAUGAAAACUCCUCAGUAUAAAGCAAGUCUGCAACAGUUACUGGAGCAGGAAAAGGAGAAGAACGCUCAGCUCCUGGGGACGGCACAGCAGUUGUUCACCCACUGCCAGGCACAGAAAGAGGAAAUCAAGCGCCUUUUUCAGCAGAAGCUUGAUGAGUUGGGAGUGAAGGCUCUAACGUACAAUGACCUGAUCCAGGCUCAGAAGGAGAUCUCUGCUCACAACCAGCAGCUGAAAGAACAGACGAAACAGCUGGAGAAGGAUAACAGUGAACUCAGGAACCAGAGCUUGCAGCUGCUGAAGGCGCGCUGUGAAGAGCUGAAGCUGGAUUGGUCAACGUUGUCACUGGAGAACUUGCUGAAGGAGAAGCAGGCGUUGAAGAAUCAGAUUUCUGAGAAACAAAAGCACUGUUUGGAAUUGCAGAUCAGCAUUGUGGAGCUUGAGAAGAGUCAGAGACAGCAGGAGCUCAUGCAGCUCAAAUCGUACACGCCGUCUGAUGAGUCACUGUCGGUACAGCUACGCAAUAAAAACCAUCUGAGCCGUGACCCCGAGGCUGAGCACAGCAGGUUCCAGCUGGAUCUCGAAUGCUCCAAGUUUCCCCUGCCCCACAUCAAUGGCAUGAGCCCCGAACUGUCCAUGAACGGCCAUGCGACUCCCUACGAAAUCCAGAACACUUUCAGCCGUCCCUCCUCCAAGCAGAACACCCCGCAGUACAGCACCUCGCACCUGGACCAGGAGAUCGUUCCGUGUACCCCAAACCACAGCAGCAGGCAGAAGGCAGACAAGAUGACGAGCUUGUCCUUACCUGAUUACACCAGGUUUUCCCCAGCUAAAAUAGCACUAAGGAGACACUUGAACCAAGACCAUGCAGUCAAUGGAAAAGCAACGACUAAUGAGAUACAGAGAGCUGACCAUGUCAAAGAGAAUGGCCUUACAUAUCCAAGCCCCGGUAUUUCAAAUGGCAUAAAGCUGAGUCCUCAGGAAACUCGGCCCUCUUCCCCAGCGGCCUUACCGAUUGCAGGCGAGAAGGUUUUGAAAGAGAGAACCUCUGUGAGUAAUGGAGAAACUAUCACCAGCCUACCUAUCAGUAUUCCUCUGAGCACAGUGCAGCCCAAUAAACUCCCUGUUAGUAUCCCUCUGGCCAGCGUAGUCCUACCUAGCCGUGUUGAGAAGGUGAGAAGCACACCUAGCCCAGUUCAUCAAAGUAGAGACUCAGCGACACUUGAAAAGCAGAUUGGUGCUAGUUCUCAUAAUGGCGUAAGCAAUGCUGCUGGAAACAAGCCUCUGGCUUUGGCUACCUCAGGUUUUUCUUACUCUUCUGGCUCCGUGGCAGUCAAUGGAAAUCAUACAAACAGCCCAGCCCAUCUUAACCAUAGUGUUGAUCAGGCAGCUCUGGACGACUCUGGGAGUCUGUUUAACUCGGUAGGGUCUCGGAGUUCCACUCCACAACAUCCUUUGCUAAUGAUGCAGUCGAGGAACUCGGGGCAAAACUCCCCUGCUCACCAGCACUCAACAAGCCCCAGGUUAAAUGGCACCUCCCAGAGCCUGGUAGGGGUUUUGCAAUAUGCAGAUGCUCAGAAGAUGUUUGCCGAAGGAACAAAGGGGGAUCUUCAGUCUGAUGCAGCGUUUUCAGAUCCUGAGAACGAGGCCAAGAGAAGAAUCAUCUUUACAAUCUCUCCUAAUACAGGACAUGUAAAACAAUCCCCUUCCAACAAGCACAGUCCUCUGCCCACGAGCGCUCGGCUGGACUGUGGCCAAGCCCACGCGCAGGACGGGAAGAAGCGAGGCCGGCGGAAGAGAUCGUCCACCGGGACCCUCAGCGGGAGCUCCGCCGUCUCCCCGAAACGCAAAUCCCUACCUACUGUGUCUGGACUCUUUACGCAACCGUCAGGUUCACCGCUCAAUAUCAACUCCAUGGUCAAUAACAUUAACCAGCCUUUAGAAAUAACAGCCAUUUCCUCUCCCGAAAACUCCCUGAAGAACUCUCCUGUUCCUUACCAGGACAAUGACCAGCCCCCGGUUCUGAAAAAGGAAAAGCCGCUCAUUCAGAGCAACGGCGUUCAUUACUCUCCUCUGACAUCGGACGACGAGCAGGGCUCUGAGGAUGAGCACAAUAGCAGCAGAAUUGAAAGGAAAAUUGCAACAAUAUCAUUGGAAAGCAAAUCUCCGCAGAAGACUGUUGAAAAUGGCAGCAGCUUAUCCGGGAGGAAACAAGCACAAAGCAACGAGAACAUGAACAGCAGUAAAUGGAAAUCUACUUUUUCACCGAUAUCAGACAUCAACCUGACCAAAACCACGGACAGCCCCUUGCAGGCGGUUUCGUCCCUGAGCCAGAACUCGCUGUUUGCCUUCAGAGCGUCCUCCGAGGACGGCCUCGCCAUGGAUGCCAAGAUUGCAGCACACGCGCGGAAAAGCGUUGCCGUGCCCUCGGCCGGGACAGACGGACUCAGCCCCGGGACAAACUCCACUAACGGCUUCGCGUACAAUGGCGGGCUCUCGGCUGACAUUGGUUUACACAGCUUUAUCGAUGGUGCUUCUCUCCCUCAUAAAGCUUCAGAUGUGACGGCUUCCAACUGCUCCCUGAGUUUCCAGUCACAGCGAAGCAAAGACGUGGGGGUGUCGGAAACGAAUCCUUUUCUGAACAAGAGGCAACUCGAAGGCCUCAGCGGCAUGAAAGGAGAAGACUUAAACCGCUCGGGGGUCAAAGGCAAAGAGAUGAGUGAAAUAAGCAUUCGUACUGGGGGUUCUUCAGAAAAAAACUCUUUGCAGCAUAACGGAAAGGUCGGCAAAGGAAGGGACCGAGAUGUGGAGUUUAAAAAUGGCCACAACCUUUUCAUUUCUGCUGCUGUUUCGUCUGGUGGCCUUCUGAAUGGUAAAAGCCUUUCGACUGCUGUUUCGUCAGCAGGCAACCCAGCAUCUUCUGUGCAGACGCACCAUCCUUUCCUGAACACUUUGACCACUGGAUCGCAGUUCCCCCUCGGCCCCAUGGCCUUGCAAGCAAACCUCAACUCGGUGACAAAUUCCUCAGUAUUGCAGUCCUUAUUUAAUUCCAUGCCAGCUGCUGCCAGUCUGGUCCACGUGUCAUCGGCUGCAACCAGACUGACUAAUUCUCACACUAUGGGGAACUUCUCUCCCGGGGUUACAGGUGGAACAGUUGGAGGUAUUUUUAACCAUGCGGUGCCUUCUGCCUCCUCUCCUCAUCAAUUCGGAGCCAGUUUCAGCAGCAGUGCUGUCUCUAGCAGCACCGUGCUAAGCUUAAACCCUCUGCAGGCUGUUGCCAGCACCUCAUCCUCAUCCUUCCCACCCCAUUCCUCUAAUUUAGUAACAUCUAGUGAGACUAGAUCUGCUCAGCACCUCAACAGAGCGCCAGUGCAAUCUGUUUUCCAUCCCCCCCCGCCCCCUCCUAACGUUUCCUUGCCCCCACCUCCUCCAUUACUCGCUUCUAACCCCGAGCCCGCGCUUCUGCAGACCCUGCCGGCCGUCCCGCCCGGCGAAACCUUCUUGCCAUCCUCUUCUGCUGCUUCUGUCCAACCUGCUAACGCUUCUUUGUCUCUUAAGCUUGCUUCUCUCCAGCACAAACCCUCCCGCCCCUCCUUUACCGUCCACCACCCGCCCCUGCCGCGGCUGGCGCUGGCCCCGUCCGCGCCCGUCAUCGCGCAGCCCGACGCCGCUGCCACCUCCGCUAUGUGGGUGACACUUGGCAUGCAGUCUCCUUAUGCUUCGCACCUUUCUGGGGUUAAGCCACGAUAAAGAGCUUGCUUAGCUAACAGUUCUUAUUUUGUAAGGUAACUAGGAUUUCUACCUCAGCCCAACGUGACCUAUGCAAGGACAACGUGGACCAACUUCACUCGGCUUCCACUGAAAGGUGCUCACCUGGCCUGUGCAGGGGUUUCUACUCUCUUACUACUGGACAAAAUAUAACCAUAAAAAGACCUAAACAACAGAGAAAAGAAUAUUUACUGUGAAUCUGAGUUAAAAAAGAAAAAAAAAAUGAAAAAAAAAAAGGCAAAAGAAAUGCUUAAAGCUCCAGUUUGUAUUGUUGAUAGUUUAGAUAAAGUAUUUAUCUUUUUUUAAAGUGAAAACAAUUUUGACUUAUUUUAUUCCACCUAGAAUCAUAAAAUACGACUUCUUAUUAAAUUCUCUGGAUAAUAAAGGACUGGCACACCAGCAGAGAUGUAAAGAGCCUCCUCUCGGUGCUAUUUCAUCUGUCAGAACUGUGCCUCUCGUUUGAAUCCUUGGUGCUGAACUCGGAGGGCUGACCAAUGCCAAACCCGCUUCUCGGAAAGGUCUGCAGUUUAUUUAUUCCACUUACUCUGUUCAUAUACCAAAACCCGCUUGGUUUGCGGCAGCGCGAGCUGCGGAGAAAAGCACUUUUCUCUCCGAUGUUGCGUUUUAAUCGGAGCCGAGCCAGGUGCUCUGUUAACUGGGUGGUUUUCAGUUGCGCUCGUUCCUAACGAGAGCUCAGAACUCCCCUCUGGGGCGGCCGCUCAACCCCUGGGGCGGCCCAGCUGAGCUCAGCCCAUGUGGGCGCAGCUUAAACAGCAGCAAUUCAAGUCCUGCCCCGUUCAAACUACUUCCCUGGGCCAUUCACGCUUGCUGGUGGCACUGGAGUCACUGUGAAUACUGGUGGCUGGUCUGGUAACUUGUUUUUGGGGUGCUGUUGGCAUAUGAACAGGGUGGUUAAUCACUGGUGUUGGUCAGGCCCUCCCACCCUGCGCUGGGACGGCUGAACGUUGUUUCUGUACCGGGGCAGGCUGCAGAUUUUCUCACCUUGUUGUUUUGGGUUCUUUUUGUUCCAAGUACAAUGUAUUUUGUUAGUAGGGUUUUGAUACUUGACUCAGAAAUGGCUUAGCCGUGUGCAUUUAUUGACAAAGUGCAUUUUCGCUUUUGUAUUUCUUUGCUUUACGUAGGUGUAAACGGUAGUUCACAAAAACACGGCGAUCUAGCUCACCGUGCUGCCGCAAUCCGGUGCAGUGGCUCGUGUUGUGACUUGUGUGUGUACAGAAAGCGCCGCGCCGAGCAGCGGCUGUAUUUUAUAGAGAUGUGAUGAAAAGCUAUAAAUUUCAUAUACUUUAUUUCAUUUAUUUUUAGAUUGUACAAUGCACAGUAAACUUGUAAAAAAAGAAAAACUUAUUUAUUCGAGUGCACAAAGUGAGGAGAAGGAUGAUCCAUUAAGUAGAAAUCACGCUGGUCUGUAGCUCAGACCGGCCCAAGCACCAAGAAACUAAACUACAGUUAAAGAAGGGGGAUUGCAACAGCAAAAUGACUAGAAAUAAACCCAUUUAUGCUUUGGGAAACAUCAGCCCGGUGCUCGGAGCAGCAGCACUGGCUGCGUCAGAGGCUCCCGCUGCCCUUGGGCUCGUUAGAUCUCCCUAACGAGCGUCCCGCUCCAGCGCUGGGGCUGGGACUCGGCACUGCCGCACCGGCCACCCCGUGUCCCCGCUCACAAAAGCCUGGAGUUCCUGGGUCUGGAGCAGGUGGACCCUCCCGGGUCUCCCGGCCCUUUCUUCCCACCCCUGGCAAUCUCAGUGGAGAUUGAGGGCAAAGCGCGGCUGUGGCGUUGAUUCCCUUUGCGCGCAGAAGCUGUCAAGAUGACUUUGGUCUCGUUCACUGGAAAGGGAAGGGAUUGGCAGCCCUGGAGAUGGGGACGGUUUGCGCCUGCGAGAGGCUCUGCCGGCGCUGCCCUUGCUGAGAGAGAACCUGGAAAAGGGCAGAAAAGAAGAAAAUGCUCCGAGGGUGAUAGCUGAGAAACAUCCAGUAGCUUCUAGUAGAAGCCGUGCACAGUGUAUGUCCUGGAAUCCAGGAGGACAAUGUAACCCAGAUGUUUUGCAGCUGGGAGUUGGGCAGGUCCUGGGUAACCGGAGUUUUGUCCUUCCCAGCCAAAGCGGAACGGGCCCAAGCAACCGCGGGACGGGCGGCAGCCUUCGUUACAUCUCCCCCUGUAAUUUAUAUCCCUGAUGACAUGAGGAAAUGCAAGUAGAAGCUUUUAAUCGCUCUGCUUUUCUCAGCUCCUCUGGAAAGGGACAGUGCUCCCUGGACACCUUGUGCCUCCCUCCAUCGCAAACCGCAGGACCAGCAGGACCGAGCCGCUCUCACUGGUGUGUGCGGGGAGGGUCUGCUCGUUCUCACACCCGAGGUACUCACGGGACACCGGCAGAGAUGGAGAAGGAACCGAAUUGACGUGGUUUGGCCCCAGGUUCACAGCAUUUUGGGAAUCGGUGCGUGGGGAGCAAGACACAACUGUCAGACGUGGUUUACUGGUGGCCGUGGCGAUGUUGGGUUUGUGGUGGGACUCCAUGAUCCUAAAGGUCUUUUACAGCUUAAAUGAUUUUAUGAGACUUUGGAGCAAAGAGCCCAGGCAAGGAGUUUGUCCUCGCUGUGCAGCGGAAAAGCAGGACCCCCCCGACACCCCUUGAGACCCCUCUGAGACCCCUGUGUCCCCCCUCAUCCCCUGCUGCAGCUUUGGGGUCGGUCUCCAGCGCUGCCUGUUGCGCUAUCGAGAUGUUGUCAACUACGCGGGAUUUUGAGCCUGUGACGCUCCAGCUGUCACCGGGGAGGCCAAAGGAAACGAGACGCUGACCCAGGAGUAAAGGCGUAGUUGGGACACACUUGGAAGCGUUGGGCUGGUCUGCGGAGCGUCUGCUCCGGCGCCGGUGGAUCCCGCUCAGAGGAGCUUCAAGGGGCCUGAGAGCAGAGUUGGGUGAGCGCAGGUCUUGGACCGACGUCUUGAGAGAUGUUGCUGCCAAGAGAUUUGUGGUGGAGUCUCCCUAAUUGUUGUUGCUUUGUGAGAAUCUCGGGCGGGUUCAACUUGUUUCUCCUCUGCCUGCGGAACGAUGGGAGCAUUCUCCGUGCUGUAGGAAAAGCUCUUUGAGAUGUUGAGAUGCCAUCUGUAUGGCAACAAGAAUAACACCCUCGUGACCCCGCUGUCUGAAACCUGUUUUCAAUAAUUGGAGCAACUCUGGAGUGAUCAAAGCCAAGCAGCCAGUUCCAAGAAAGAAUUCCUUGUGUGUGACCACAUCCUGCCGCUGCACUCGGCUGCUCCGCUGCCAGCGAGGGCUCGUCGGGAAGGAAACGGAGCACGGACACGGCCAAAGCCAAGGAACUUCCUGAGCCUUGUGCCGAGUGAAACCUGCGCCCGCCGCUCAGUGUUGGCCUUGGAACGCGCCUCGUGGAUUCUUCCAUUUGUGGUGAUUUGUUACCUCCGGGUUGCGCUUGCCGGGGUCGAUCGCUGACACGCACCGUGCUCCGGGCUGCCGCUCCAACGGCACCGAAAGCAGACGCCCAUUAGUCAUUCAGCAGCGAUUCCUCCGUUAGCCGAGGGUGUCUGGGCCGCUCCGCAGGCAGGUUUCUCUGCUUUGUUUGUGUGGCUGAGGGAAAACGUCGCUGGAGGGUGGAGGGUUGGGCUGGCGGAGGUUUGGGCCGGCGUGGCUGGUGUUGCAGGGAAGUCGAGCGGCCCCUGCGUCGCCUCUUUUGGUGCAAACGCGGCUGUUGCGUUUGGGAAGGUGAGGGUCGUGAUGGGGAAGCGUCCUCACCCCUCUUGGCUCAAGUGGUGGAUACAACGGGAGAGCGAUGAAGGGGAAGCUGCCAACACGGGGGACCGCGGCACAUCCCGGAUGUACCUGAGGUUCAGAGACACGGCCGUGUCUUCGAGUUUCUCCUAAUAGCGGGAACUCAGGUCUUCUUGGCCAAACAUUGAAAUGGUUUCUUCUGUUCCAUCCCGUGUCCUGCCUUCCUGGCAGCAACAGCUGCUCGAUCUUGUCUUUCCAACCCCAGGGCUGGACGCCCCUCGCCCUGAAGCUCCCCCAGCUGUUUCUCACACGCUCACUUAAUCUCAAGUCAAAGCGUUGAGUUGCUCUUUUCUUUCUUUAGCCAAACUUAAUACCCGAGCACGACGCUGCUUCAGCAGAAAUCUGCUGAGCAGGAGGGGACGCGUGCGGUUUGAUUCUUGCCGGGGUUGUGUAUUUAGAAAGCAGCAGCGGGACGUCCCAGCAGAGCCGGGUCUGCCGCGGGGUCUCUUUGGUUUUUGGGGGACAGUCCCAGCACACGCGUCCAUCUCCUCGACUUCGUUCCGAGGCCCCAGCGCUUUGUGACACUCAGACCGUGUCCCCGCGGUGCUCCAGGGCAGGGUGUCCCCUGGGGGGGCUGCGUGUGGCCGUGUCCUGCUGUCCCCUCCCUGUUCCCAGAGCUGGGAGCAUUUCCUGCAGCCCGACCGGCUCAAGUGCUUGGGGUUGGUGCUCGUCACCUCGGGGUUGGUGCUCAUCACCUCCGAUCAUUAACAACACGACUAAUUCCAUCACUACAACCUGGGUGCUGCUCAAAGAGCCGCUCAUGGGGACUUGGGAAUCUUGGUGAACGCUGGAGCCGACGUCAGGCAGCUUGGGUUGAUAAAUCUGCGUUGAGAUCAGUCCUUGUCACGCGGGGUAUGGGAACCCGACCGUUAUUGAUGUAUUAUUGGUUUCUCGGAGGGAGUUAUCCCAGCUCACACCAUCUCGAAAAGUUCUGCUUUGUGUUGUUUUGCCUGAGCCAAAAACAUAAAGAGGAUGAAGAGCUCCAAACGCCGAUUCCUCUCGUCGUGGGGUGGGCUGCAAAUAAUGGCAUUUAAAUAACCCUUUGGGGAGGAGGAACUAGACGGUGUUUUUGUGAACUAUCCUUGCAGCACUGAGGAAAACAUGGCAAGAAUUGGGCUUUUCGGGGAGCGGAUUACCGGUUUUUAAAAUGUUGUUGUGCCGUAUUUUAUUUAUCCUUAUGCGUUAUAUAAGUAUCUAUUUAGACUGAAUAUUUCAAUAGAAAUGCUAUUGUGAACUUCAGGGCUUAAACUCGAGACAAAAAACAAAUGGGAAAUACUUCUCCAGUCUAUUUGCUGCUCGCAACCCUCUUUCUGAAGAGGUUUCUGAAGGUUUUUAUAGUUGAAACUCAAACUCAAAUCUGAAAAUUCCAAGUUUUCACGAUGCAAACCCUGAAGUUCUCAAGUUUGUGACGCUUUGGUUGGUUUUUUUGAGGUAUAUCUGUUCGCUUUUCUGGUGCAAACGGUUUGGAAAAGGUUUGUGUCUGGAGUUGCUGAGGAAGGGUGGAUGGGGUCAUCAUCCCGCUUGGCUUUGUGAACCUGUUCAUCAUUUAAGUGAUGGAUUUCCAGUUAACCCCAGGUUUUAGGUCUGGUGUGAGUUGUGGGGCGGAUGGGACGGGACACGGGGCGGUCGCUGUUGCUCAGGAAUUGAUUCGUAAACUUUUAACUACUAAUAAAAAUCCAUUUGGCAAUGGAUUUUUUUUAAAACAACCCAUUUUCUUAGGACAGUGAUAUGGGAUGUUUCCUAGUGAAUAGGAAUUAGUUUAUAUAAUUUAGCCUAUUAAACUGAAUUAUUUAAAAUUCAAACUCCCCCUAAUUUAUCUUUUUGUUUUUAUACUGGUAAGUUGUCCCAUCAUUCCUUUUAUUCUUCCAUAGAAGUAGCGUGAAUUCUUCUGGUGUGUAUAUAUGUACGUAUAAUAUAUAUAUUUCCAUCCUGCCUUUCUAAUUCGCCACAAUGUAAGAGUUAGGGUUGGGUUGUUUUGUUUUCCUCCCUUCCCUCCACUUAAUUUCUUGUGUCUUUACCUUGAUUUGUAAUUGAAACGAUGCUUUGAAGUUUUGUCUUUAUAUUAAAGUGUCUGUAUUUUAAUACAC